AUGGGGGUGAAUGAGACAUAUAUGGGGGUGAGGAGUAAUCUUUUUAUGAUGCAACCUUCUCCUAGCCUUGAUAGUGCUUAUAACAUCCUUUUUAAUGAUGAAAAACAGAGGCAAGUCCAGUCCAACUCUCAAUUCAAUCCUAACUCUAUGUCCUUCAAUGUAAGUAAACAAAUUAAGCCUGCUUUUGGUUUUGGUUUCAAUCCUAAUGCAACUUCCAAUUCUACUCCUCCCGGACCAUAUGCACCAAGAAUUAACUUUGAUCAGAAUAGAGCACCUCUGUUCUGUAAAUACUGCAAGAAAUCUGGAUAUUUGGUCGACAAGUGUUAUAAACUCCAUGGGUAUCCACAAAGUCCAAAGUUUAACAAGGGUAAAAAGGCUGCAGCUCAUAUAUCUACUGCAGCACACACUAACUCUGAGGGUAAUGUUCUUGAAUCUGUUGGGACUUUGGAUGAGGUAACCAAUCCUGCUUCCAAUGUUGAUGGUCAGGGAUCCAUUAUCCCAGGUCUGAGCAAGCAGCAAUAUGAUCAGUUGAUCAAUCUAUUACAACAGUCUCAUAUGGGGGAUGCUUUCAAUUCUCAAGCCAAUCUCAUGUAUUCAGGUGCUUCUAAUCACAUGACUUCUACUAUAGAAUUGCUUUUUGAUAUUACACUUUUAACUAUUCCUUACCUUGUAACCCUUCCUAAUGGAUACAAAGUGAAGGCCCCUUCUCUGAAGAUGCCUCUGGAUCUUGGUAAAGAAGAGGAUGGCCUACAGUCUUUUCCUUGUUCUGUCUGUCCUAUGGCUAGACAAACUAGACUUCCUUUUCCUGAUAGUUCAAUUAGUACAACCAGACCUUUCCAAUUGAUUCAUGUUGAUACAUGGGGACUAUAUCAUACACCUACUUCCUCUGGUUCAAGAAUCCCAUCCAGAAUCCUUAAAAACAAGUCACCUUAUGAGAUUCUAUAUAGGCAACCUCCUAAUUACUCCCACUUAAGGACCUUUGGCUGUCUAGCUUAUGCCACUGUUCCUAUUCCUCAAAGAGACGAGCUCCAACCUAGGGCCAUUCCAUGUGUUUUUCUAGGUUAUCCUUUUGCUAAAAAGGGAUACAAGCUUUACAACUUAAAUACUAUGAAAUGUUUUGUCUCCAGAGAUGUGAUUUUCCAUGAAACAUGCUUUCCUUUUGCUACUUCUGUUCCUUCUGUUUCUUCCACUAUACCUUCUUCUUCACCUUCUUCUAUCAAUCAUCAGGAUCCUAUUAUUUCUACUCCUCCUGCUUCUCCUUCUUCUCAUUCUCCUCCUCCUAUUCCUCCUUCUCCUUUUUCUCCUGUUUCUCCUAAUUCUAUUGUUUCUUCACACUACAAGAAAAAGCCUUAUUAG